UUGCGCUUCGCAGCUUGUUCUUUUGGGCGCCGUUCUCUGGCGACGGUAUUAGUAGCUUCUGGUCCCGCACUGCUCGUUUGUGUAGAAAACUGAGAUGCGUUGCUCCUGGAUUCCUUUGCUACUGGGCAUAUGUUUGUUCUGUGACAGCGUGAGUGCGGGUUGCAAGGAAGACAAGUGCAGAAAGAACUGUCGAAAUAAGCACGGGAACAUGCUGGAAAACGCUUUCUGUGCCCAAGGACAGUGCCGCUGUGUAAAAUAUGGCGACUCCUGCAACAUCAAGCAAUGCAGGAACCACUGCAGAGAAAGCGUGGGAUAUGACGAUGAGGCCCGUUGCGAGUCUGAUCAGUGUUUCUGCAGAGACGAUUACUCACCCCAACAACCAGCAUGCUACAUAGAGAGUUGUAAACGGGAGUGCUACCAACAACACGGGUCUCAUGGAGUAGCCUCAUGCUCCGGCAAUGGGUGUUCCUGUAUGCACGAAUCUCAUACCCCAGCUUGCAACACCAUGCAAUGCAGGAUCCACUGCCGACAAAAAGUUGGUUAUGACGACGAGGCCCGCUGCCAGUUUGGUGCGUGUAGUUGCGGACACGACAAUGGACACUUGCAGAGACCAUGCAUAGAGAGUUGCAAACGGGAUUGCAGGGAAAAAUUCGGGUCUCGAGGAAUAAGAGCGAUACCCUCAUGCUCCGGCAAUAACUGUACCUGUUUUGUCCCAUUGCCGUGCAACAAGGAUGACUGCACCUGGUCUUGCAAGGAUGCACUGGAUGACAGAUUUGUUGGUACAUGCGUAGAAAACAACUGCAUGUGCAUGGAGACAGUAGCGCGGUCUAAUACCGAAUGCGAAGAGGAGCGGUGUCUCGAAAGGUGCCGUCAACAUCGCCCGGGACAUAAGGCAGUCAAAGCAGCGUGCAAACGUGGUCACUGCGAAUGCUUCUACAGACGUGUGUGCGACCCAAAGGAAUGCCGUUUGAUGUGCGCCAAAAUUUACCGAGACGAUUUUGUGAGCUCCAUGUGUCUCCCUGACGACCGAUGCGAGUGUUCUCACUAUUAGAACAUUUGAGAUGGCUUUUUCAAGAUGCAAAACGACCAGCAGUCAGGUGCUAAAUUUAUUUAUAUUCAUGAACAAACGAAGUGACACCAGCCAUGUUUUAAAUAAAGAAGCGUUUCGGGCGA